UUGACUUAACAUCAUUAGAGUUUACAUAAAAAAAUUGUGACUGUCUCUGUAGAAAAAUGAUAAAAUAGUAUUUACAGGCAUUUAAGUUAGAGAUGACAGUAUUAGAUGCAGCAAAAAGAGCCAAACUUGCAGAAUAUAGAAAACAGAAAGAUGCUUGUUUUAUGGAAGCUAUCUGGCAGUCAGUAUUAGUAUUAGGUGCAGCAUGUGGUGGUGUACAUCUUGGCCAAAAACUACUAUCUUCAGUGUUACCUUAUGGACCAAUGAAACAUGUGAUGGUGACAGUGUUAGUCGGGGCUGGAGCAUCGACUUAUGUAUCGGCAAAGGAGUCUGCUAAAUGUAUACACAAGUGGAAUAGACAUAUGGACAGAUUAUAUGUACCAGUGGGAAAAUAUACUGGUACUACACAUACUGAAAACUCGAACUUAAUAUGCUUAAAUUAA